UACCAUGAACUUUCCUGAAUUCAAAGUCAAUCCCCCUCCCAAAUUUCCCAACUGCAAUAGCCCAUCUUCCAAAUUCUCUCUCUAAAAAUUUUCUCAUUCUCUGAUGGCAGAGCAAUGGAUUCUGAUAUGCCACGGACUGGCCACACUGCUAGUGGUGGUCUCCUUCCUCUGUGGUCAAUGGCCUAUCUUCCAGGGCACUCCCAUCGAACGCCUCCACUACUUCCUCACCUUCGGCGCCUACGAUUACUUCGUUUCUUCGUCAGGCGUUUUAUAGGAGCCGUGUUUGGGAGUAAGGGCACGCAUUUCGUUUUCUCCAUUGAGCAUUUUUGCUGCGAUCGCCCUAAUCCUACCUUGCAGGUUAUAUAUUUGGCAAUUAUUGGAGCAACUUAUUACUUUAUUAUAAAUUCAUCCUUUAGCUACAUUCCUGGAUAUUAUUUAAGUGAAAUUCACUGGUACACAAGCUUUUUCGCAGUUGGUGUUGGUAUUCUAUUCUUUUUGUUGACCAGCUUUUCUGACCCGGGAACUGUGAAGGCUGAUAAUGUCUCAGAAUAUCUCUCUGCCUAUCCAUAUGACAAUAUCAUAUAUACAGAGAAAGAGUGUUCUACUUGUAAAAUUCCCAAACCCGCUAGGUCCAAGCACUGCAGCAUAUGCAAUCGCUGUGUUGCACGGUUUGACCAUCAUUGUGGAUGGAUGAAUAACUGUAUAGGGGAGAGAAAUACCCGAUACUUCUUGGCUUUUCUGUUAUGGCAUUUUCUUCUUUGUAUAUAUGGAACAAUUGCCCUAGGUUUGGUUCUCGCAGGACGAUUGAAAGAAUUGAGGGUCAUAUAUAUUCUGACUGUUUACUAUGGCAUUGAAAAUUCAUUUCGUAGUUUAGCUCCACAUGUUGUUCAGUGGCUGUUGGGCUCAUAUAACACUCAAAUACUUCUUAUGGUGUUUCUUGCCAUAGUUUCUCUCUUAUUGGCAGGAUUUUUUGGAUACCAUGCCAACCUGUGUCUCAAGAACACCACAACAAACGAGACCUUCAAGUGGCAAGAGUACAUAAACUGGCAAAGGAAGCUGAGCGAAGCAAGAGCUAGUGCUGCAGCACUUAAAGCAAGCAUAAGUGGAAUGAGCAGCGAAGAAAAACGUCCUGCAAGCAAGUGUAAAUCCUUUUUCCAAAGAUCUCCUCUUGAAGAUGUUGAGGUGGUGGUUAAGAGAAACAUGUAUGAUAAAGGAUAUUUUCACAAUCUUUGUGAGAUAAUAUUUCCGCUCUCAACAAGACCAUCAUUUUUGCAAAAAAAGUCCAAGUAGGGGUAAGAUGGUUGGAGAGAAUGUAGUCAUUUUGGCAAAAAGUAUUAUUAUAUGCCUGGCUGAGUCUGAGGUAGCUGUAAUCAGGAAUUCAUUGGUCUUCUACAUGGUUUCAGCCUUUCUUCCCCUGAUCAUUGAUAGAGUGUCCUGGAGCUGGAGCUGGAACCUCUUUUUUCAUUGGCGUGGAUGCUCAUAUAGGUAAGAUAAGUGGUUAGUGCGUGUGUUGUGGUUAAUUUGGUGGUUUCGUUAUCAUGUAAGAACAGAUUUUCCAGAUAGGAAGACAAUAUAUAUCAUAUUUUGUAAUAACAACGUUUGAAGAGUACAUAAAAAUUUUCUUGUCAUAAAAG